GAUGCAGCGUCUGGAAAUGAAGAGAAACCAAAGUCCACCUGAUGAUCGUCCCAACAUGAGUGAUUUGAGGAUUCUUCUGCUGGGGAAAAAUCUUUCAGAAAACAGAAGAGUGGCAAACUUCAUCUUAGAUGAAAACAUGUUUGGAAAGACAAAACACCCUCUAUAUGUAGAGGAGCACAGUAGAAAAGUGGAGGGAAGAAAUAUGACAGUCAUCAUCCACACUGACCUGCUCAACACAACACACACAGUAUUACAGAUCAUACAGAAAGUGUCACAACUGUCUUCUCCAGAACCUGAUGUGAUGAUACUGGUGCUGCAGCAUUAUGAUUUUAGUCAGGAGAAUAGAGAUAUAUUAUCUUUUGUGUUGAGCCGCUUCGGUGAGCAGUUGAAGAACCGCACACUGGUGUUGACCACUGACAGAGAGACACACGGUGCUGGACUGACAUCUGGGAAAGAGAAUAAAUGUAUUCACCAAAUAACUGCAGAAUGUGGAGGAGGACAUCUUCAUCUUCAAACACACCAGCGCUCUGAAAUACUUAGAAAAGUAGAUGAAAUAAUAAAGCGUGAAUAUUCCAGCAGCACAAGAUUUGAGGAGACACAACGGGACACUUCAGUGGAUCAAGGAGACAACAGACUAACAAGAUUUAAGGAGACACAACCGGGCACUUCAGUGCAUCAUGGAGGCAGACUAACAAGAUUUGAGGAGACACGACGGGACACUUCAGUGGAUCAUAGAGGCAGACUAACAAGAUUUAAGGAGACACAACCGGGCACUUCAGUGGAUCAUGGAGGCAGACUAACAAGAUUUGAGGAGACACGACGGGACACUUCAGUGGAUCAUGGAGGCAGCAUACUUAUGAGAGUUUUGAAAUCUGGGGUGUCGAUGAUUAGCUGGCCUCGAAAACACAAACUGAACCUGGUGUUGUGUGGAAGUGAUGCAGAUCUGAAGACCUCCGUAUCAAAACUCAUAAGAGGGAAAAAGACUUCAACAUCAGGACAAAGGUCCAGUUCAGAGUGUGUGAGGAUUGAAGGGGAGGUGUCUGGACGUCAGAUCACUCUGGUGGAGCUUCCAGCACUUUCUCAGAUCUCAGAAGAGGAAGUGAUGCACCAAUCUCUCCACUGUGUGUCUCUCUGUGAUCCUGGAGUUCAUGUUUUCCUAAUCAUUAUUCCUGUUGGUCCACUCACUGAUGAAGACAAAGCUGAAACAUUGAAGAUCCAGAAGAUAUUUUAUUCAAGAGAUCACUUCAUGGUUCUUUUCACCUCUAGAAUGACUGUUGAUGAACCUGUGACCGAUAUUGCUAAAUCUAUCAUAAAGUCUCAGAGUCUCUGUGGAGGUCGACACAAAGUGAUGGGAUUAAAUAAACAUGACAACACCAAACAGAUUUCAGAACUGCUUGAUUAUAUAGAGAACAUGAAGACUGAACCCUAUUCACCUCUGAUGUAUGUGAGAGCUCAAGAUAAGAGAAGAAUAGAUGAAACAGAGAAAUAUAAAGAAGAACUGAAGAGAAUGGAGACGGAAAACAAAGAACUACAAGAGAAGCUUCAGAGAUACGGUGAAGAAAGUCCUGACGAUCUGAAGUGUUUGCGAUUUGUGCUGAUCGGGAGGACAGGAAGUGGAAAGAGUGCAACAGGAAACACUAUUCUAGGGAGAGAAGAGUUUGAUACUGAACUCAGCUCAGUUUCAGUGACGAGUGUUUGUCAGAAGGGAGUUGGUGAAGUUGAUGGUAAAUCAGUAGCUGUCGUUGAUACUCCAGGACUGUUUGACACGUCACUGUCAAAUGAACAAGUGAUGGAUGAACUAGUGAAAUGUGUUUCACUGUCAGCACCUGGACCUCAUGUCUUCAUCAUUGUGUUGAGUUUGGGAAGAUUCACUAAGGAAGAGGUGGACACUUUACAUCUGAUAAAGAAGAUGUUUGGUCCACAAGCUGCUCAGUUCAGUAUUGUUCUGUUCACGAGAGGAGAUGAUUUGGGAAAAACAUCUAUACAGUCAUUCAUAGAGAAUAGUGCAGAUCUCAAGAAACUGAUCAGAGACUGUGGGAACAGAUACCUGGUCUUUAAUAACAGACAAGAACAAGACCGAACUCAAGUCUCACAUCUGUUGAACAUGAUAGAGCAGAUGAUCAGCAACAACACAAACAGAUACUUCACUAAUGACAUGUUUGAUGAGGCAGAGAUGUCCAUUAAAAAGAGAAUGAAGGAAAUAUUAGAAGAGAAAGAGAGAGAAAUUCAGGCUCAGAAAGAGGAAUUAAAAGUCAAAUAUGAGAUGGAAAAGAAAGACAUGAUGAAGAGACUGGAGGAAGAGAAACAAAAGAAAGAAGAGGAAAGACUGCAGAUGGAGAACAAGUUCAGAGAAAAAGAGGAAAAUGUCAGAAAACUGUUUGAAGAGAAAGAAAAAUCAGAACAGAAGAAACGAGAGAUGGAGGAUCAGAAACGAUCAGAAGAGGAAAAACAACAGAAAGAUGAAUAUAAUAAAAUAAUAGAAGACAUGAAGAGAGAGAUUGAAAAUCAGAGAUCACAGUAUGAAAAACAGCAGAAAGAAAGAGAAGAAGAAGAUAGAAAGAAAGAAGAGAAAUACAAACACGAUCAAGAAAAGAUGAAAAAUGAGCAAGAACGAAUCAUAACAGAAUUAAAAAUGAAACAAGAAGAGGAAAGAAAAAAGAGAGAUUCAGAGGAACGAAAGAGGAAAAUACAAGAAGAGAAAGAAAGAAAAGAAUGGGAGAGAAAAAUAAAAGAGGCUGAAAAUGACAGAAAAGAGAUUCAAGAGGAAAUUAAAGGACAACAGAGAGAAUGGGAGGAUGAAAAGAAAAGACAGAUGAGUAAACGAGAGGAAGAAGAAAGAAAGAGAAAAGAGAAAUAUGAGGAACAGCUGAGAGAAAAACAAGAAGAACUGGAGAACAUGAGAAAGACAUUUGACAGAGAGAGAGAAGAAGAAAGACAGAAGAGAGAGGACGAGAGACAACAAGAGAGAAGAGAGAGAGAACAGAAAGAGAGAGAAUAUGAACAGAUGAAAGAUGAAAUGAAAAGACAUUAUGAGCUGCAGGAACGAAAGAUGAAAGAGGAGUGGGAGAGAAGAAAACGAGAGGAUGAUGAGAGGAGAGAAGAAGAGAGAAAGAAAUGGGAGAAAAAGAUUGAAGAUCUGAAACAAGAGCGAGAGACAGAGAUCAAGAGAAGAGAUAAAGAGGAGAGAGACAGAAGAGAAAGAGAAGAAAAACAGCGUGAAGAAAUGAAACAGAAACAUGAAGAAGAAAUGCAGAAGAUGAAGAAGAAACAUGAAGAUGAAGCCAGAAAACAAGCAGAAGAAUUGAAUGAUUUCAGAGAGACUCAAGAGGAACAUGUUCAAGAACUCAAAGAGAAGCUCGAAGAACAUCAAAAACAACGUGAAUUACUGGAAAAACUCUUUCAACACUUCAAAGAUGAAAAAAGUGAAGAAGUGAAAGAGCUUAAAGAAGAAAUCAAUGAACUGAGAAACAAGUCCAAUUGUGUCAUUCUGUGAGAAUUUUAAAUGAAAAGAUUCUCUGAUUAUAAUUCUUCAUUUGUAUAAA